GCGGCGCGGCACGGCCGACGUGGGGCUCGCGCUCUCGCGGUCUCUCCCGGGCGGGCACGCGGGCACGCGCACUCGCGGGAGCGCGCGCGGACGGCCGGGCGGCGGCAGCGUCUCACGGAGGCGGUGGCUUCACUUUCCAGGACUCAGGGGCGGCCACAGCAGCAGCCGCGGGCAGCAGCCUCGGGAGCCGGAGCUGGAACGGCCGCGGGCGGCGGUGGCGGCGCUGAGGGAUCUAAAAUGUCCACUGAGGCACAAAGAGUUGAUGACAGUCCAAGCACUAGUGGAGGAAGUUCUGAUGGAGACCAACGUGAAAGUGUUCAGCAAGAACCCGAAAGAGAACAAGUUCAGCCCAAGAAAAAGGAGGGAAAAAUAUCCAGCAAAACAGCUGCUAAAUUGUCGACUAGUGCUAAAAGAAUUCAGAAGGAACUUGCAGAGAUUACGUUGGACCCUCCUCCCAACUGUAGGUAUUAUCUGAUCUCCUUGACAAGUGCUGGACCCAAAGGAGACAACAUUUAUGAAUGGAGGUCAACUAUAUUGGGACCCCCAGGAUCUGUCUAUGAAGGAGGGGUGUUCUUUCUUGACAUUACCUUUUCACCAGACUAUCCGUUUAAACCCCCUAAGGUUACCUUCCGAACAAGAAUCUAUCACUGUAAUAUUAACAGCCAGGGCGUCAUCUGUCUGGACAUCCUAAAGGACAACUGGAGUCCAGCCCUAACCAUUUCUAAAGUUCUCCUCUCCAUCUGCUCACUUCUUACAGAUUGCAACCCUGCUGACCCUCUGGUGGGCAGCAUUGCCACACAGUACAUGACCAACAGAGCAGAGCACGACCGGAUGGCCAGACAGUGGACCAAGCGGUAUGCCACAUAGGGGCCUGCUGCUGGCCGCCCCCGCCGGACCUGUGCAAGCACAUUCACCAAGUGCAUCAAUAGCCCUACCCACCCCUCCGGACCUCGGUUCUUAUUUUCUUAUUUUUAUUAAAUUCUGAAUCUUUUUCUGAUGGUAUGUCAUCCAUCCCCCACUCCUUUUUCCCUCCCUCCUCUUCCUCCUUUUCCUUCUCUCUUCCCUCCACCCCCCCACCCCUGCCCUCUCAAUUUAUUCCCUUUUUUGAUUUCUAUUAACUUGAAAGAUUUGGGGUUUUUUUUUCCCAUCUUAACAUGGAAUGGGAACUUUUGUUUUCAGUGCAAACAGUGUUGGAUCUGUAAUAGUAAGAGCUUUCUUACAAAGCUUUGUAUUACUGUGUGGUUUUGUUUUUUGUUUUAUUUUGAUUUUUUUCCUUUUAUGUGAUCUUUGGGAAAACACGAAUUCAGAAUUAUAUCUCAUUUCUACUUAAAUGUAGUGCUUAGGGUUAAUUUUUUGUACUGAAGUCUUUAUUGGUGGGUGCAUGCUACUGGGAACAAGUUUUUUGUACAAAAGCUUCAAUCAGAAUCACUGUGCAUUACUGAGACUCUGUUUAUCACUAGCCUUCUGUUCCCCACACAGAAGACUGUUGGAUUGAACAAAAUAAUAUGUAUUUUGAUUUACUUAAAGUGCUUGUAAAUUUCUUAGGGACCUGCCACUUUUGACUGUGGAUCAGUUGAUGUACACUUGUAUUAUUAAAGCACUCAAUAAAUCACUGUGGCUGAUAAAUGCACUUCUGGUAACCCAGCGUUUGCUUUGUAUCCUGGUGACCAGCGUAGCCCUAUGUGCAGCAAGGCUUGUCUAAUUCAGUUACAGAUUCAAGUUUAUUUUUCAUCUGAAACCUCUAAUAUUUCUUUGUAGCUGAGUUGCUUAGCAUGUGGAAUUUCUUCAGCUGUCAAUAACCUGACGAUUUUACAGUUGUUUCAGAUCACAAACACUUUACAUAUUAGCUGGACGUUACUUUCUCACAGACAUCCUUUCUGUUACAACCUUCUUUACUCAACAGUUAAAAUAUGGACUCCAAAAAUAGCUUCUAGUGAAAGUCAGGUCUGAGCUGAUCACUGUGUUUGACCACUUUUGAAUUUAUUUCUCUGCUUUUUUCCUUUUAAGAUUGUUAUAGUGAUUACCCUUGAGUUUUGAUUUGGGUUUUUUUCCCAUAAUUUUGGUGGAAGAAGUAAACCCAGUUGCAUCAGUCAUGGUCAACACAUUCACUGACAAGGGUAUGUCUGUCAGGCUUUGACCUUCAGACUAUUUUAGCUAUGUUUUGUUUUUUCUCCAUAAUUUUAGUGGAAGAAAUAAACUCAACUAUAUCACUCAUGGUCAACACGUUCAGUGACAGGGGUAUGUCUGUCUGGCUUUGACCUUCAGACUAUUUUAGGUAUGUAGCUAAUGGAGGCAGAGGAAACUGGUAUGUGGUGCAGUUUGAAAAACAUACUGAUAUGCUGAUCGAAAUUCAGGGUUCUUUGUGUUACAGGGCAUAUUGGAAACUCCUGUUUUCACUAAUUACAGUUACAAGCCCACCAUACCAGUUGGUCUCAUUUAAGGAACAUCUUUACUACUAAAUAGUGGGAUUUACAAAUGGAAAUCGUUCACCUCUAAAUAUUUGAUUCAGAUUUAAAAUCUUUAUUUGAAACAUUUUAAAUAUCUGAGUCAAAAGAUGCAGGUUUUUGUGGUUAAAGCAAAGUCCUAAAGAAAAUAUUGUUCAAAUAUUGGAAAAGGUAACUUUUAAACCAGAGUACCUAGGGGUAUUUUUUCUCUUUUUAAUAAUGAUUUUACUAUUCAUUUUAUUUGAAGACAUUUUCCAGCAUACCAGAACACCAUAUGGUCUCUGUUGCAACUACUCAACUCUAUGCUCGUAGCAAAGGGAACUACAGACCAUACAUGUGAAUGGGCAUAGCUGUGUUCCAAUAAAACUAUUUAUCAAAACAAUCAAUAGCCAAAUUUGGCCUGUGAGGUGUAGUUUGCCAGUCCCUGAUAUAUAGAGCACUAUGGGGGGGGGG